AUGACAGUUGGAACCGACUCCCAGGAGGAGAUCGUGAUAGGAGUGCUUGCUCUUCAAGGUGCUUUCAUAGAACAUAUACAUUAUCUUGAGAGACUUAGAAUCAAAGACUGUACCAUUCAUGCUAUACCUGUCCGAACGGCCGAGGAACUAUCAAAAUGUCACGCACUCAUCAUUCCCGGUGGCGAAUCAACAGUUAUCACCCGACUAGCGGCUCUCACUCCUGGUCUCUUACCUUUAUUACUGGAAUUUGUUAGGUCGCCGGAGAAAGCCGUCUGGGGUACUUGUGCGGGGAUGAUAUUGCUCGCUUCUGAACAUGGGAUUGGCGGUGGGAAAGUGGGAACGACUCCGAAAGGUUGGGGAGGGAUUGAUGGUUUAAAAGUUUGGAGGAAUUUAUAUGGUAACCAAUUGGAAUCAUUCGAAUAUCCUCUCGAAAUCCCAUGUCUUUCACAACCAGAAAUUCCAUUCAAUACAAUAUUCAUACGUGCUCCCGCUAUCCAUUCCCUCUCUGCUUCAUCAUCCUCUACAUCAUCUCAGAUUGACUCGGACCCACAUUCCAAAUCUAAUACCCCCGUCGAAAUCCUCGCUACCCUCCCUCCCUCUCUACACCCACCUCCACCACCGGACGACACUCCUCUGGGUCCACAUAACCCAGCCGAUCUAGGGAAGGUGAUGCUUCGUCAAGGAAGAAAUAUGGUGACAUCUUUUCACCCGGAGCUAAGUGGAGAUAUAAGGGUUCACGAGUUCUGGGUGGAAACAUGUGUCCUGGGAAGAUGA